AUGGACGCCAUAGCUUUCCAUAGCGGCGGCUCGUCGGCGCGAUCGCAAAAAAUCACCAAUCCGCGCGACCGUCGCUCGCCGUUCACCAAUCCGUUUUGGCGACUUCAGCAUCAGGAGCAGCAUGAGCAGCAUGAGCAUCAGGAGCAUCAGGAGCAGCAGCAGCGGCCGUUUGAUCAAAACCAGCAGAAUUCGGAAGAGGCGCAGCAUGAGCAGGAGCAGCUGGAGCAGCAGGAGCAGCGAGAUCGUUAUCAGCAGCAUCUGGAAUUGACGGCUGAGAAGCUGCGGAGGGAGUUGGAGGCAAUGCUCGUCGCAGAUGUGGACAGAGAUGUGGCGUUCCAGCUCAAGCUGACGAGCAAGCUGGACCAAUGGCACGCUUUUCACGAGAGAGCGACAAGAAGGCUUUCUGGUUCCGCGGACGGCGCUGGGCCUUCAACCAACCAAACCGCCGAGGUACAACCGCUGGAGGCUGACCAAUCCGAUGGUUCCACGUGUCCAUCUGAGCAAUCUGGUGAUGAGGCCGAAAGUCGGGCAGCAGAAGCUGAGGCUCGGGCAGCAGAGGGUGUAGCGCAGGCAGCAGAGGGUGAAGCGCGGGCAGCAUCAGGUGAAGCACGGGCGGCAAAGGGUGUUGCGCUGGCAGGAGCAGCAGCACUUGAAACGCGAGAGGCCAAAGCAGCAGAAUCAGAGAAUGCACCAGUCGCUCCAAAACAGCUGGAAGCAGCAGCAGAUGCUCGAGGGGCUGCUUUGGAGGCCGCACUGCAGGUGCAACGAGAGGAGCUAGAGGCUAAGGCGGUAGUGAUACAGGAGCUGCAGGUGAGAUUACACGCAGCAGCAACCAGAGAGGCGGGUUUGGAAGCUUCUCUGAAGCUGCAACGGGAGGAGCUCGAGGCGAAAACAGCAGAGGCGUUGGCAGCACGAGCAGCAGAAGUGGCAGAGCUGCAGCAGCAGUUAGACGUGGCAGUCGUCCGCGAGGCAGCCUUUGACGCGUCCCUGAAGCUGCAGCGAGAAGAAUCAGAAGCAAAGGCAGCAGAGAUGCAAGACCUGCAGGAACAACUACAAGAAGCGGGUGUUAGAGAGGCGGCUUUUGACGCUUCUCUGAAGCUGCAACGAGAGGAGCUAGAGGCAAAGGCAGCAGAGGCGUUGGCGGCACAGGCAGGAAUGGAGGAGAGGAGGCGGGUGCGGGCUGCAGAAGAGGCUGCUGCUCGGUUGGCGGAGGUGGAGGUGCGGUUUGGAGAGGUGGAGAGGGAGAGAGAGCGGUUGGCGAGGAAUCUGAGUCGGCUGCAGCAACACCUGCUGGAUAGGGAUGCUGACGAUGCACUGCGUUUGGAGCGAGAGGCUGAGAGGAUAUGCCAGCUGGAGUGCCAGCUGGCGGAUAAGGCGAAAGCUCUCGGCCAAUCAGAGUGCGAGAGGGUUGUUCUGGAGCGACAGCUGGCGGAUAAGGCGAGCCAGCUCGGCCAAUCAGAGCGGCGGAGAGUGCGGCUGGAGCAGCAGCUGGAGGAGAGGAGCAGGGAGGUUCGGGAGGCUCAUAUGCAGCUGGCUCAGCUGCAGGCUUGGGCCGAGCCUGCUGGACAGGCGAGGCAGAUGGAUUUGUGUGAUAGGGGCCUAUCACAAGUAGAAGGAGAGGGUGGGGUUGUAAGGGCAGAGGAAGCGGAGGAAGCGAGGGGAGCGGGAGAGGAGAAGCAGGAGAGACAAGGCAUGAGCCAGAAAGAAGUGUUACUGAGCGUGGCACCAGGCUUGUCAACAGGCUUGGGAACAGGCUCGGCGGCAGCAGGCACGUUACCAGGCAUGUUACCAGAUGUGUUACGGCAGGUGUUAGAAGCGGCUCAUCGACCAAUCGCGACAGGCCAUCCCAUGUGCAUGCAUGCUGGGAUGUUGGCGAGCGUACCACCCAUGGAGGAUGGAGAUGCAUCACAUGCUGCUGACGUGGCAUCCCAUCAUGCAUCAGGGGCAGGGACAGGGGCAGCAGCACCAGUUGCAGGUGCUCGUGCUGCUGAUGGGUCAGCAUCUGCAGCACCAUCAGCUUCAUAUGCGGCAGAUGCUGCAGCAGCAUCGUGUGUUGAUGCAUGGGCUGCAGCAGCUUCACACGCUGCAGCAACACCAGCUUUUGAGCAGGCGCGUCAAAACUCGGCGCAGGUGUUGGCUCGAGAGGCGAUGUGCCUAGCAGCACAGUCAUCGCUGGAGGCAGAGGGUGCGAUUACAGCAGGAGAUGCAGCAGGAUCAGUGGGAGAACAGCAUCGCGAGACGACAGGGAGGCCGGGACCUGGUGUGGCUGAAGCAGGGAGGGAGUGUGAAAUAGCAGCUCUGGUGGAGGAGAAUGGGAGGCUGGAGGCGGAACGGAAUCGGGCGGAGGAGGAGAGGGCGAGAGAGGAGGAGAGGUGUGCGAGGAUGGGUGAGGAGAUGCGUGAGCUGCGAGGCAAUCUGCAGAGGCAGGCUCAACUGGAGGAGGCGUUAUCUGAGGUGGCAGCGGGGAGGAGGGAGAGGGGGGCACUAGAAGAGGAGCUGCUGCGGCUGCAGUGUGCUCUGGAUCAGUGUAUGCUGCGACUCAAUAGCGAUUCUGCUUAUAUGGUGGACAGGAGAAUCGUGGUGAAGCUGCUGGUGGCAUACUUUCAACGCAACCGCAGCAGAGAGGUGCUUGACAUCAUGUGUCGCAUUCUCGAAUGCUCCAAGGACGAGAGGCAGCAGCUCGAGCUGGCAGCUUCGCAGCCUGCUCUCACCAGAAGCGCCAGUUUCAAAUCCAAGGGGAGCGUGCGGCAGGGCAGCAGCAAGGGCAGCAAGGGAGGAGUUUUCGGGCUGCCCGGACGGAUCGCAGGCGGGUUUAUGGGGUCGAAUAGGAGCAGUUCAGAAAGUUUGGGAGGGGCUGGGAAAGAUUCCCAGAAGCAGGAAGAGGUGGAAAGAAAGCCAGAGGCGAAAAAAUCAGGGUCCCUCACUGACCUCUGGGUCUCCAUCCCACCAACAGCAGCACAUGUACCAACAGCAGCAGGCGAGACACACCCGAUCACCCUCUUAUCCCCCAAGGUCUCCUCCCUACCCGCCACGAUCCCCAUCGUACCCUCCUAG